AUGGAGCAUCGAGCAGCGUUAACACCUGCUACUGCUAAACAACUUAUAAAAGCAGGAUUUCAAAUCACCGUAGAAGAAUCUGACCAACGUAUCUUUGAUGAUCACGAGUACGCCGAGGUGGGAUGUACCAUGGUUCCUUUUGGCAGUUGGAAAGAAAAGGCUCCCUCUGACGCUUACAUCAUUGGUCUAAAAGAACUCCCCGAGAAUGAUACAUCGCCACUCCAUCAUACACAUAUAUUCUUUGCCCAUUGUUUCAAGAACCAAGCUGGGUGGAAGGAGAUCCUACAUCGGUUUAAAGACAGCGGUAAGAUUCUGGACCUUGAAUUUUUACAAGACGCUCAAGGACGUCGUGUAGCUGCAUUUGGGUUUAUGGCAGGGUUUGCAGGAGCUGCUGUCAGUCUGGAUGUCUGGUGUCAUCAAAAGAAGGGGUUAAAGAUGGGUGCAUUGAAACCGUUUCAGAAUGAACAAGCGUUGAUUGAUUAUGCCAAGGGAAACCUCCGUGAAACUUUAUUACAUGAAGGUCGCCAUGACAAUUAUCCGACAUUGAUGGUGAUGGGAGCACGUGGACGAUGUGGAUCUGGAGCAGUGGAUUUUGCUAAAAAAGUAGGAUUACCCGCUGAAAAUAUCAUUCAAUGGGACAUGGAGGAAACAAAGAAGGGAGGACCCUUCCCGGAGAUUAUGAAGGCGGAUAUCUUUGUGAAUUGUAUUUAUUUAAAUCAAAAGAUUCCUCCGUUUAUGACGCAAGAAAUGAUUGAUUCAGAUGGACGUCAAUUGACAGUCAUUUGUGAUGUGAGUUGUGAUACCACCAACCCAAACAAUCCCAUUCCUGUCUAUAGUGUGAAUACGACCUUUGAUCAACCCACAGUACGGGUAAAGACAAGCAGUAAAAGACCAUUGGAUGUCAUUUCUAUUGAUCAUUUGCCUACUUUAUUACCAAGAGAAAGUUCAAACAUGUUCUCUCAAGACUUGUUACCUACCUUGAUGGAACUCAAAGAUAUCGAAUCAUCUUCUGUAUGGCAACGUGCACAACGUUUGUUCUAUGAAAAGUUACAUUUGGCCACACUUACAAACAAGUUAUAA